UCCUACACACACUCACACACACACACACAUACAGAGAGAGACCUGUUGAGGUGUCACUGGGGUAAAAGGCUGUUGCUGUGACUUAUUCGGCUCUUUCGUUUUGUUAAAACCUGUUAAUCGAGUCUCUGUUGUAAGUCGGGAAACUGAACACAGCUGGUGCUUAUCGAGGUGAAGCGACAUCGCCAUGGCACAGAUUCUGUCAGUCAUCUUAAUGACAUUUUUCACCCUCGUCUUGGCAGAGGAUCCGCAACAAAAGGAAGAUCCAUUCACUUUUGAUUAUCACCAGCUGCGUGUUGGAGGACUGAUCAUGGCCGCGGUGUUGUGUCUGAUCGGCAUUACUAUCCUCCUUAGUGGCCACUGCAGAUGCAAAUUUAACCAGGACAAGAGGAGGAGGACAGGAAGUAACGCAGCGGCCCAACAGAUGCUCAAUGACACAGCUCGGGGCAGUGAAUGUUAAACGCUGCUGUCGGACUUCUCAGUGUCGAUCUGACUGACGGAGAACAGUGGAAACCCUGCAGUACCUUUAUUCCACCACAAUCCUGCUGGCUUCAAGCAGAAAAACAAAACAAUGGCCCCUUUGUUAUAUAAAUGCUGUUAUUUUUUAAUUAUUAUUAUGAUUAUUAUUAUUAUUAUCCUCUACCUGUUUGCUGCUUAUGUGGCUCCUCGUCUGGAAAAAAUCAUUCUUGUGUUUUUGUCAAAUGUUCAUUGCAACUAACUGAAACAGUAACCAAAAAAACUCGUCUUUGUGUGAAAAUCGCCAGAAUGUGAGUUUUUGUGUUUUUAACGUGUUUACUAAAAUAUUGUUUUUUUUGUUUGUUUGUUUUUAACGAUGAUCAGUUUUAGUCACAUGACAGUUGACGAACACAGCAAUCUAUCCACGUGUUCUUUCCUGUCAGUGCUGUUAAUGUAAUCUACAGUGUUAUGUUACGCUUUAUAGUUGAAUGUUUGACAAAUAAAACGUUUAAUUUUGACGUAAUAA